CAUUUUGGCCAGCCUGAAGUAGUAGGAUGUCAAACUUCGUUACAAAGAAGGCCGGGAAACACGCGUUCUGUCUGUCCUUGAUCCGUUCGUCGUAGACUUUGAGCUGCCUUGCUCCCCUCUGCUCGCUCAACAUGUCCACGGCCUCCUCAUCCCACCCUCAACUUCCGGCUCAAACGCAGCCCCGUUCGAAAAAGGGUUCGUCUCGUGCGGCUUUGGGAGUGUUGCCCGCCAAUGUGGCUUUGAAGCCCACGCAUCAGGCCCCGCCUUUCAAGGUGUUUCAGGACGCUAAGAAGCCUGGGGUAAAGGUAUCCGGGUCCGUGGGUCGGCAUGUCGGCGUCCAAUGCGGUUCGGGGGGCGUGUCGAGCGCGGAAACCCAGACGGACUUGAGUUUGCUGCAGUCGGAUCCGCAAGCUCAAGCUGAAUCCCACAUGUAUUCGGUGGAUUAUAAGGCUUUGGCCGAAUCACGGCGAAAAUCUUUGGACGAGGCCUUGCAAGAAAAUGAAGAACUGAAAAACCAACGUGUGGAAUUAGUCAUGGAAAAUGAGGAUCUCAAAGCCAAGGUCGCCGAUUUAGAGGUUGACGUCAGUUCCUUGCAAGAAACCUUGAAUGAACAAUCAGAAGCUGUCAAAGACGCCCAAGAAGUCUUGGCCAUAAUCGGACGAGCCGUCGAUUGAACGUUUGUCAAAAUCAAGUCUAUCCGUAGAAGCUCUCUACGGCUGAAUGUGAAAAAUACAGUUUAUUGACCGCUCUUGUAAGAACUUCAACCCAAUUGAUGGUUGGUCAUGAUCUCAACGGUUAUAUCACAAUCCAUUCAUAAAUUGUGACGCCCAUUAGUUCAGCUCAAUACUAUUCAGACACCUAAUCGUCUUUUUGAAUUGAAAUGCAUUCAUUCAAGUGAUAUAA